UAGUGAUUCAGCCAGAGCCAAUACGGCUCUGGCGGUUAUAUGCGCGUAAGUCCCGCAUUCGGGCGACACCCGCGGUAGUUUCCGCGGUCAGGUCGAUUAUUGGGUACAUCAGAUUGAACCUGAGACUGCACGCGACAAACACUGUUGAUUGCCCGUCUCUUCUGUCUCUUCGGUCUACUAGUACUACUACUAGCGACGGUGGAGCUCCACUCAACGAGCAACACUUCAAGCGCUUCUUGAGACAGACUUCAAGCAGUAUAGUAUACAGCCUAUGGUAGGAUAAAUCCGUAUUAUUGUCGUUUAUAUGUAAUUAUAGUUAAGAUUUAGGCCCAGUAAGUAAUAUUCCGCUCCGUCACUACAAUGGCGUAAUCGCUCUUUUUCGGACCUGUAGGGGCUAGUUUUUUUUUAUCGCGCACGUUUUUGAGCCGCCAUCUUGUCGGCGUUCACUCGUGUGUUGAAGGGAUUUUCUAUUUUUGUAAUUUCAUUCGUAGGGCCUUGUAAGCUUGUUUAUUCCCUAUUGGUAGUUGAUUAGUGCUGUAGAUUAGUAUUUUAGGGACUCGUAGAGUAUUUUCAGUGCUGUAUUCCGAUUUUUGGGUACUCAUUUCGGUGUUUUGGGGAUAAUUUUUUGUGGUCGCGCACAUGUCCGAGCCGCCAUCUUGGAUACGUUGACUCGUGUGUUGAAGGGAUUUUUUAUUUUUGGAACUUUUUUCGUAGGGCCUUAUAAGCUCAUAUUUUUUCAUUUCUUGUCUACUUAGGGUUGUAGGAUAGUUUUUUAGGGACUCGUUGGUAUUUUUACGGCCGUAUUUCGAUUUUGACAUCGGUUUCGGUCAGUUUUUGUACUUACAUUUGCUCGUUUUUUUUCUACUCACUAGACUAGUUGUACAGCCGUUUUUUGUCGUGCUCGUAGUUUUGAUCCUCUCGCCAGAGUUUUAUACUGUGGAGAUAAUUCCACGGUGUUCUUUUUCGGUGAGGUAUAGGGUCGGUUAAGUAGAACUUAGUAAGUAGGGGUAGGCUCUAUUUAGACUAGUUUCAACCCUCUUGCCGAAGUAUUAUUACCGUGGAGAUAAUUCCACGGUGUUUUUUCGGUGAGGUAUACUAUGGGUAUAGGGUUGUUUAAGUAGGAGUAGAAUUAGUGAGUAGGAGUAUAAUUAAAUUAGUUUCAACCCUCUCGCCGAAGUAUUAUUACCGUGGAGAUAAUUCCGCGGUGUUUUUUCGGUGAGGUAUACUAUGGGUAUAGGGUUGUUUAAGUAGGAAUUUUUUAGUAAGAAACUAAGUAAGAUUAUGAAAGAAACUAAGUAAGAUUUUGGAAAGAAACUAAGUACGUUCUUACUUUUUAAGUAGGCAAUAGGUCUUUCCUGUAAGAAACUAAGUAAGAAACUAAGUAAGUAAGCAAGUAUUUUCCUUUAAGAAACUAAGUAGUCUAAGCAAGAAGUAUUUUCCUUGAAGGAACUACGUACGUUAGUAAGUAAGCAAGAAGGAAGGAUUGGGUAGGUACCUAAGUGGGAUUUUUGACUGUCAGUCUUGUUUUGGAUAUCUGUGGAUUUUGGGUUAAAUCGUGGGUGGUAUUUAAUUUCAUCUUCAUUUCAUCAUUACUAAUAUUGUACGGCCAUCUCGCCGAGCAUUAUACCGUGGAGAUAGUUCCGCGGUGUUUUUCGGUGAGGUAUAUUGCCGGUUUAAGUGUAGUCCUUUAGUGUUACUUAGUAGGGUUUAGUUUUGGCCCGCUCGCUGAAGCUGUUCACCGUGGAGAUAAUUCCGCGGUGUUUUUCAGUGAGGUUUAGGGUUUCAGUAUUUACCUGUCAGGCACUUAGUAAGCUAUUAGGAAACUAAGUAGGGUAUUAUUAAGUAAGCAAGAAGGAAAGAUUGUAUGUGUAUUUAAUUUUAUCAUUUGGUUAUAUAAUCGUUGCUGAUUUGAAGCCGGUUAUGACCUCGGAGAGGGUUAAAGUGAACUAUGGGACUGAGGAGGCUUUACUGGCCGUUGUGGAUAGAACUAAGUCCCACAAGAUUUUUAGUUGGAGGGAGCAAUGUGGGAGUUUAACUGAGGAGUUAUUUUUGCAGUGUCCCCGUCUCCAUGAAGCCAAGGAGCUGGUACAUUUAUUUGAUUUUGAGCCUUAUCGGGUGGAUCAGGCUGAGCAGGCACAGGGGGUGGGGGAGGGGACUGGGCAAACCUUGACUGCACAAACCCAGUCUGUCCAGAGUCCGGGUCCCGUUCCUUAUGGGCAUACAGUGUACCCCCCAUUUUCGGGUGAAGGCCCAGCUGGGCCUAUAUCCGGGUCUGCGCCCUCCCCAGCCGGGCCCUCCGCCGACUAUCGGCUUAGGGAUGAUAGCAGUGUACCCUCCAGGGAACCCCCACGUAGGGAUUAUCCCUCUUCUAGGGAUUUCCCUCCUAAUAAUCAUGGUCCAUCUUCCAGGGAACCCCCCCGUAGGGAUUAUUAUUAUCCCCCGUCUAGAGAAUCCCCUUCUAGUAAUUGUGGUCCGCUUUCCAGGGAACCCCCACGUCGGGAUUAUGUAUAUCCCCCUUCUGGGGAAUCCCGACCUGACAUUCAGUAUCCUCCCAGGGAAUCCUCACCUGGGGGUCAGGGAGAGUACCGGUCGCAGGGGCGCCGGGAUUGGCCCCCCCGUCUGCCGAGGUCACUUAAUUACGAUGGGCGAACAAGUUGGCAUUCCUUUCUCAGGAAGUUCACCAGUUAUGCUGUAUCGUGUCAGUGGAGCCCAAGCGAGUGUUUGGACGCACUGGGCUGGUGUUUGGAGGGGUCGGCCUCAGAGUGUUUUUCGAACCUUAGGGAUAUGGGCACUAAUUCUUAUUACCAUAUGUUAACAGCGAUGGGGCGUCGGUUUGGGGCUACCCGAUUUCCGGAGGAGGCCAUAGCCGAAUUUCGAACGGCUCGCCAACUCCCGGAGGAGUCUCUUCUUGGGUGGUCCGAUCGGCUCCAAGCUUUGUCCUUUGAAGCUUUUGGGUGGGACCAACGGGGUGACAGCACUCAAAUGGUAUUGCAGUUAUGCCAGGGUUGUACGGAUACGGCGGCGGGUUUAACAGCUCUCAAUACGCGCCCGAAGUCCGUCGAGGAGGCCCUGGAAGCCAUCAGGUGGGCGCAACAUACCCAACGUGUUGUUUAUGGGAGCGAGGCUCGCCGUACGUAUUCGGCUUCUCGGCAGCAGGUGCAGCAGACUUGCAUGUACGAUCAGGAGGUGGACAGGUAUGAUACGGUAAUUUAUCAUCAUAGGCAACCCCAUCCCCUAAAUCGUUCCCCAACAGUUUCCAAAGGUCAAGAUGUUCCCCGUCCGGCUCCCGUGGAGGACCGGGGGAAGGUCACAACGCCUUUUGAAGUUCAGGCCAGGAAUGACAUUGGCUAUUUAAAAGAGGAAGUCGCCAGUCUUAAGACGCAUGCGUACAAUACCGAUUGUAUGCUAGAAGAAAUACUGAAGACUGUUAAGUCUUUGGAGUUUUCUAUGCUUUCCAAUGCCCGCCCUCUAUCUCCCGUGGCUACUGGUGUUCCGGAAAACCUGGAGGGAUCGGAGAGCGAGGCCGAUCUCCGAUCUGGAAACCGAGAGGCCUACAAUCGGUAAAUACUGGGGUAGUUAAUGUUAGUGACCCGCCUGACUCUUCGGUCGGUCCCUUGGACAAGGUAGUUAAUGUUAGUGACCCGCCUGACUCUUCGGUCGGUCCCUUUGUCAAGGUAAAUAAUGUUAGUGACCCGCCUGACUCUUCGGUCGGUCCCUUUGUCCAGGUAGUUAAUGUUAAUGUUAUUGUCGCUAGGACGGCCGUGGUGCCUCCUUCUAGUGGGAAGCGGGUAGGAUGUAAGGUUGUUGGGAGUCCAGGGCUCCAGAGUAAGGACCUUUCCCUUUUCCAGCCCACCCGCAGGCUCCCAUUUUGGAUUCCUCGGAUCGUGUUUGAUCGGGGGAAAUAACAUGUUAAGUAUAUAUAUUAUGGUUCAUUAUCAAAGCCAUUCACAACGGCUCGUCCGCAAGGACAUGGUGCCGGUUCCUGUUCCUGGGAAAUAACAUGUUUGUUUUAAAUAUAUAUUUUUUAGUUCACUUUUGUUUACACUGUUUAAUUUCAUUGUAAAUCGUCCAUUCUGAGUUCCUGACCUUUAAGUGUUGAUGUUUUUAAACUGAAUAGAUAACAAUUAAAUAAACCUGAAAAGUUUCUGCUUCGGUUAGCGGAGUUAUCUAUGCUGAAUUAGCUGCUCCGCUUUAAGAGCUGACUAGGAAGCAUUCUUUCCACAGGGAGACAGAGCACUCAUGUGUGUUCGAGGCCAUAAAACGGCCGGCUUUUGAUAUCUCCCAAGUGACACUACGUGGUUCCAAUAAUAAGUCAGAAUAUGAUCAUGUUUGGGGGGAGUAAUUCCUCUGGAGUAAUUCCUCUGGAUCAACAAGAGCCUUUUGGAUUUGCUUGAUGGUGUUGUGGGCCUGGGUGCCCUGAAUGAUACCAGGAACUUGCCGGUAGUGGCUAUUGUGCCCCCGGGUGCCGAGUGGCCCAGAAAAUGUAAUCUUAUUUUGUUGAAGUGUUUUCACCUUCUAUAUCAUUUUCCAUCUGAUUUCAGUGAUCUGCUUUUAUCAUUCUAAUACUUCCUAUAUGCACCGUUUGGACUGCCUGUAGGGAGCCGUUUGGCUCUCAUGUGGGACUGCCCAGUUUCUGGACAUUGUACCAUCCAAACUGCACUUGGGGAAUGGGGAGCCAUUGGGCUCUUCCCCUUUUCUGCACACUUAUUGCCAUUCAUCGUUUAUGUUGAUCACUCACACUUUCAUGCUCGGUCACCUUGGGAAUUUAAUGUAAUGCCCCGGUUAAUCCCUUACGCCCGUGCCAAGACGUAUUGCACUUUUUCAUUAUGUAUUACCGGCACGGUAAGGGUUAACUGGUAUAUUUCUGUUUCUUUAUGCCUGUAAUGCCUUAAUCCCUUACGCCCGUGCCAGGACUGCUAUUCUUUGUCAUUUACACGUGACACCGGCACGGUAAGGGUUAACUGGUAUAAUUCUGUUUCUUUCUGUUCUUGAUCCCUGGGACAUUUCCGGGACUUGAAUCCUAUUUAGUACUUAAAUAUACCAAAUUGUGGAAUACAGUGCAUUUUACAUUUUACAGUGCAUUUUACCUGUACUUUACAUAAUAUUUCCCGUACCAAAGUUUGGAAUACAGUACGUUGUAAGGUAUGAUAAAGGCGCCCGCCCCCUGGAAAGACCAAGACUUCACCGGUGCUGGCAAGGAGGGUCCUUGACCCAUCCACCAGCGGGAACGGCGUGACCCCGCACUGCGGUACGGGAGUAGUUUUAAGUUAGUUUUAGUUUAGUUUUAGUUAGAAGUAGGCUUCAAACUCAUUAAGUGGGGAAUAAUGUAGUGAUUCAGCCAGAGCCAAUACGGCUCUGGCGGUUAUAUGCGCGUAAGUCCCGCAUUCGGGCGACACCCGCGGUAGUUUCCGCGGUCAGGUCGAUUAUUGGGUACAUCAGAUUGAACCUGAGACUGCACGCGACAAACACUGUUGAUUGCCCGUCUCUUCUGUCUCUUCGGUCUACUAGCGACGGUGGAGCUCCACUCAACGAGCAACACUUCAAGCGCUUCUUGAGACAGACUUCAAGCAGUAUAGUAUACAGCCUAUGG